CAAAGAUGGCGGCCGCGCCCGGGAGGAACCGGAAGCGCGGUCUGGCAGCGGCGCGGGUCCGGGGCAGGCGCGAGAACGCGCGGGCGGCGCGGGUCCGGGUAUGAAGCUGGGCCGGGCCGCGCUGGGCCUGCUGCUGCUGGCGCCUUUGGCGGUGCGGGCGGUAGAGCCCAUCAGCCUGGGGCUGGCCCUGGCCGGCGUCCUCACCGGCUACAUUUACCCGCGCCUCUAUUGCCUCUUCGCGGAGUGCUGCGGCCAGAAGCGGAGUCUCAGCAGGGAGGCGCUGCAGAAGGAUCUGGACAGCAAGCUCUUUGGACAGCAUCUUGCAAAGAAAGUCAUCCUAAAUGCUGUGUCUGGCUUCAUAAGCAACCCGAAGCCGAAGAAACCUCUCACGCUCUCUCUGCACGGGUGGACGGGCACCGGCAAAAAUUUCGUUAGCAAGAUCAUCGCGGAGAAUAUUUACGAGGGUGGUCUGAACAGUGACUAUGUCCACCUGUUUGUGGCCACACUGCACUUCCCACACGCCUCCAACAUCACCCUCUAUAAGGAUCAGUUACAGUUGUGGAUUCGUGGCAACGUGAGCACCUGUGCAAGGUCCAUCUUCAUAUUCGAUGAAAUGGACAAGAUGCACGCUGGCCUCAUAGAUGCCAUCAAGCCUUUCCUCGACUAUUAUGACCACGUGGACGGGGUCUCCUACCAGAAAGCCAUCUUCAUAUUUCUCAGCAAUGCGGGGGCAGAAAGGAUCACAGACGUGGCUUUAGAUUUCUGGAGAAGCGGAAAGCAGAGGGAAGAGAUCAAGCUCAAAGACAUGGAACCGGCCUUGUCUGUGUCAGCCUUCAACAACAAGAACAGUGGCUUCUGGCAUAGCAGCUUAAUUGACCGAAAUCUCAUUGAUUAUUUUGUUCCCUUCCUCCCCCUGGAAUACAAACACCUAAAAAUGUGCAUCAGAGUUGAAAUGCAGUCCCGAGGCUUUGAAAUCGAUGAGGACAUUGUAACCAAAGUGGCCGAGGAGAUGACAUUUUUCCCCAAAGAGGAGAGAGUUUUCUCCGACAAAGGCUGCAAAACUGUGUUCACCAAGUUAGAUUACUACUACGACGACUGACUGCUUCGAGUUGGAGGAGAAGGAACUCGGCACUUGGCUCCGUGCCCUGGAGGAGGACAGAGCAGAUGCUUCCUGCUGGACCGAACGGGAACCUUCCUGAGCAGUUUUCAUCCACCGGGGCCUCCGGGCGUCACCCCCUACAGAUCACGGACCUCGGAACAGCCCCAGAGCCUUCCGGGGCGGUGGCAGCGGCCAGCUCCCCGUCCACUCGUAUGAGGGCUCAUGAUUUUUAAAAAAAUCAUGUUUUAAUUUCAAGUGUUUCUGUUUCAAGGAAGGAUGUCUAAGUUUUACUGAAAAUGUGGUAACUUUAUUUAAAAUGUUUUUAACCUUAUGAGAAACUUUUCAGACUCUAUGUUAUUGGCUUUACGUGUUUUUCGAAGUUCCCGUCACCAUAUCCUAGACACCGAUGUCUCUACUGAAAAGAAGCCCAAGGCUGGGUCCUUGGCACACGGUCCCUAGGAUGGCAGAACCGGGGACCAAGGCUGGAGCCGUGAUCAGACCUGUCACAGGAUGUCCAUCGCAAGGGGCAACGAUGUGUUUGGAUACAGGGAAAGUAUGUAAGCGGACACACGUGGGGGGGCGCCUGGGUGCCUCAGUUACGCGGUCGACUCUUGAUUUUACCUCAGGUCGUGAUCUCGCAGUUCGUGAGUUCGAGCCCCGCGUCGGGCUCCUCGCGGACAGUGCAGAGCCUGCUUGGGAUUCUCUCUCCCCGUCUCUGCCUGUCCCCUGCCCAUGCUCUCUCUCAAAAAUAAAUUUAAAAAAAUUUAAAAAAAGGAGGACCCACUGAGGCCCCUCACAGAUAAGCCUUAAGUACCCUUUCCAAGGGUUUUGAUCUCGGUAACAUUGUGAACAUUCGCGAGAGACAGAGUUUCCUUGCAAUAAAAAUAUUUCCAGCU